UCCAGGCCACGCUGGCGGGAGUGGAACUGACCCCACCCGUGACUUUCCGGCUGCGAAGCGGCUCCGGUCCCGUCUAUGUCAGCGGCCAGCACGUGUCCCUGACAAACUUCAGCUCGGAGGAUGAGGAAGAGGAAGUAGUAGAGGAGACCCCCGAGAAGCCCCCCAAGGCCUCGAGUGCCCGGAAAGGCGGCGCUGCCAAGAAAAGGAAGCUGGAAAAGGAGGAUGAGCUGAACAGCCUGGCCCGUGAGGAUCCCCUUCCCCCCAAGGGGCGCGGGGCCGGCCGGGGAAGGAAAGCAGCACCGAAGAAAUAAUGGGAAUUCCAUCGGAACCGGGCCAGGUGCGGCCGAGGCUGGAGCAGCAGCAGCAGCCGG